UAAGUAAGUUUCCUCAACCAAAAAACAAACUCUUCACCACUUUCACGACAUAAUCAAUCUCCAAAAUGAAGGGAGGCACUAAGAGACUUUCUUUGUUGUUUCUACUUUGCUUUCACAUUGCCAUAACAAGCGUCAGUGCAAGAUAUGCGGUGACCACAGAGAAGAGUACUGAAGAUGAAAAGUUUUUGUUUGGUAAAGGUGGAGGAUUCGGUGGAGGGUUUGGUGGCGGGGGUGGUGGUGGCGGAGGCGGUGGUGGUGGUGGAGGAUUUGGGGGAGGUGCUGGUGGUGGCGGAGGAUUUGGAGGUGGUGCUGGGGGUGGCUUUGGUGGAGGUGCUGGUGGUGGCCAUGGCAUCGGCGGUGGCAUUGGAGGUGGCCAUGGAAUUGGUGGCGGCGGUGGUUUAGGUGGUGGUCACGGCAUUGGUGGAGGAAUCGGUGGUGGCCAUGGAAUCGGUGGCGGUGGUGGUUUAGGUGGGGGUCAUGGUGUCGGCGGAGGUAUUGGUGGUGGUCAUGGUGUCGGUGGAGGUAUUGGUGGUGGUCAUGGCGUCGGCGGAGGCGUUGGUGGAGGCUUUGGCGGUGGUCAUGGUGUUGGUGGCGGCAUUGGUGGUGGAAUCGGUAAAGGUGGCGGCAUCGGUGGUGGAAUCGGUAAAGGUGGCGGCAUCGGUGGUGGAAUUGGAAAGGGAGGCGGAUUUGGUGGUGGUAUUGGUAAAGGUGGAGGACUUGGUGGUGGUGUUGGAGGUGGGUAUGGGAAAGGUGGUGGUGUUGGUGGAGGAAUUGGAAAAGGGGGUGGAUUUGGAGGUGGAAUUGGCAAAGGAGGUGGAUUUGGUGGUGGAAUUGGUAAAGGAGGUGGUAUUGGGGGUGGAAUCGGGAAAGGUGGAGGGUUUGGAGGAGGAAUUGGCAAAGGCGGAGGUCUAGGUGGUGGAGUUGGCUUCGGAAAGGGUGGAGGUAUCGGAGGUGGAAUUGGUAAGGGUGGGGGCUUUGGUGGUGGCAUCGGUAAAGGUGGUGGUAUUGGUGGUGGCUUCGGAAAGGGUGGUGGUAUUGGUGGCGGUUUCGGGAAGGGUGGUGGUAUUGGUGGUGGCUUCGGGAAAGGUGGUGGUUUCGGUGGAGGAUUCGGAAAGGGUGGUGGCAUUGGAGGAGGAUUCGGGAAAGGUGGUGGAUUUGGAGGAGGAUUCGGGAAAGGUGGUGGUGGUGGUUUUGGAGGUGGAGGCGGUGGAGGGGGUGGUUUUGGAGGUGGAGGCGGUGGAGGUGGUGGUUUUGGUGGAGGCUUUGGGGGUGGGCAUCACUAAGAUGCAACCUUUGUUUUUUUACACUUUUUAAUUUUUACACGAGAAGAACAAAAAGGCUAUCAUGCAUGGGGCUAGCUAGUACAACAUCCAUGCAUGGGAGCCAAAUUGGCGAUAUUGAUGCCAGAGUCAAGUUAUAUGUAUUUCUUAUUUGUCAUUAUGUUUUAGCAUGUUUUGUUGAAUUUGAAAUUGUUAGUCUUGUAUCCAAGAUAAACUUGUUUUUUACUUUUAAAUAGCAAUUAUAAUUGUAUUGAUCAUAUAUAUAAUUUAUUAUUAUGUCAGUUAA